AUGCCAUCAUCUUCAUCUCGUAUUAAUCGUAAGCCUUUGAAACUACUGGAUAUAAAUUCCCAAGAUACACUUUUCCGUCAAUUAUUAAAAUUUCGAAUUGAUGGUCAUACAAUUGAUGCACGUAAUGUCGAUGAAUUAUAUCCAGGUGUUGAUCGUUUGUUAAUUCGAUGUUUGCAAACAGGAGAUUGUCGACAAUUGGAUAAUCGUUUAAAACGAAAUUUAAAAGCAGAAUAUUUAUUAAUCACUGGAAAACAUAUACACAUUAGUUUCAAAUCACAAACUGAAGAUAUACUGGAGAAAUUAAUUCAUAUGGGAGCUACACUAGAUUUGCAUUUUUAUGAACCGAUUCAUAUGAAAGAAUUAGAAUUAUUAUGUCGGUAUGGUUUUAAUGUUAAUGAAAAAAUAGAAAAAUACAAUAAUCAAACACCAUUAUCUAUAUUUAUUAAUAAACGUUAUUCAGUAUCUAUGUUAGAUGUAUUAAUUCAGAAUGGUGCUCGAUUUGAUAGUCAAGAUAAUGUUGGUCAAACAAGUGUUCAUGUGGCAUGUCAAGCACCCGAACAUCUAUUUGAAUAUAUUAUUGAAACUGCUCCAUCCUAUUGUGUUAAUAUUAAAAAUCAAUAUGGUAGUACACCAUUAGAUUUAGUCUAUUAUUUAGCUUAUGAAGAUCCAUCAUUAACACGUAUGCGUCGUUUACAUAUUAUAUUAAAUAAAAAUGGUAAAUUAACACGUUAUGGUAUGCGUGAACCAGGAUUACUCAAUUCAAAACAAUAUAAACUAUUUGAUAUUUUGGCAUGUAAAGAAUUUCUUUUAAAAUAUCGUUUACGUGAUGUAUUUGAUCUUACAAUUCGUCCUUUAACAUGGUCAAUAUUUUUAUUUUAUGAUGUUUUACGUAGUUGUGAAAAUUCAACAGUCUGUUCUACUGAUAAUACUAUUGUAUUAGCACCACUUCAACGAAAUCAACAUUAUCAACCAUCAAUACGUAAUAGUCAAACAAUAAAAACUAUUCAAUUACGUUUAGAACGAUAUUUUAUUGCUUUAAUUGAAAAUGGUGAAAUAUCUAUUGAAAAAUUAAUUCAUAAUCAUUUAUAUCAACAAGAUUAUGCAUCUUUAUCCUCAUCACCUAUGUCAGAAUUAGAUAAAAAAAUUAUUACUGAUACUCAAAAUAAUUUGAUGAAUAUGACCUAUGCUCGAAUGAAAUUAAAAGAAUUAAAACAUCAAACAUUAACAUUAAAAACAAUGUGUAGAAUUAAAAUUAAACAUCAAAUUAAAUCUUAUCCAAAUGAUAUUGUAAAAUUAAAUAUAUCAAAAAUAUUACAAGCCUAUUUAACAUACUAUAAUCCAUUUAUUAAAGCAAAUAUUGAUUAA